GCCGUGGGAGUAGAAUGAGUGAUUUUUUUGAAGAAUCGAUUCUUUUUCGGUCGAUUCAAUUCGGUCUUUUAAAUCGAUCUUACGGAUUCGAUUAAUCCAAUGAAUCGAUUCUAGAGUAACCUGCUGUCAUCAACAAUUAACCUAAGGAGUUAUGUGGUCAUACUUUAAAUAUCUAAACGGUUUUAAUUAAGAAAGAUUAUAGAAAAAGAAUCCAUUUCAAGGUGGUGAAUGCCAUGAAUUGUCCAGAACUUGUUUCCGAUUACAGUCAUCCAGCAAUCAAGUGGUAUCAGACGGAUCUAACGGUCGUCAUUAGCAUUCAGUUGCCCGAUGUGUCCAAUUACUACAUCCGAAUCGAGGACGAUUGUUUACAGUUUAGUACAGAGACGAAUGGUAAGAAAUAUUAUGUUGUUCUGCAUAUGUUUGGGUCGGUAAUAGCAGAGAAAACGGUGCACAAAAAUGUUGGGAGAGAAAUUAAAAUCUAUUUAAAGAAGGGACUUAAAUGGUACUCAUGGUUAAGAUUGCUCAAGUCCAAAGAAAAGACUCCUCUUAUAUCAUAUGAUCCAGCACAUAUACAGGAAACUACGAUAUUGGAUUACGCUAAGAAUUAUGAUAUAAAUAGAUUCCAAAAGUAUAAGCUUAAAAACAACAUACACAACAUAAUGCCCGUUGUGCCAUCAAGUGAUGAGGAUGAAUCAGAUGAUGAUGACUAUUUCUCAGAAAACGUUUUUAGUUAUGGUUAACAUAUUUACAUAAUUAUUAAUAAGAAUUAUAUAAAUUAUAUAAUUAUAUGUAAUUAUAUUGUAUUUUUGUGAUAUACAUUUUUAAUGCAUAAAAAACAAAAGGCUUUUGAUAUUUGCUUUUUGCAGUAUUUUUGCAACUUUUUGCAAUGUUACUUAUGUCUUAAUUAUAUUAUAUAAUAUUGUACAAUAUUAUGUAAUGUUAAUUAAAAAUUUAUACAGUACAUGUAUCACAUUUAAAUUUAAAUUAUCUAUUAAAUUUUUUAAGAGUGAAAGAGGACUUUUCUGUAUCAAAUAGCAGAUAAGCAAUAAUCAUACUUAAUUUUUACAACUAUAAUAAUCCCUUUUCAUUAAACAGAUUUAUUGAAACUUCUAAUCUGUCAGCUGAGAGCUCUAACAAGUAUUAUACAAGUAUAUAAUUUUUGUCUUUGUUCAAUCAUUUUUAUUUCCACAAUUAAAAUAAUUUCUUUAUUAAAGAAAUAUAAUAUUUUACUGUUACAUAUAUUUUCACACAUCAUAAAAGUGAAUUAUUUAUAAAAUAAACACAGGAUUUUCACUUACAAAUUAAAUGUCGAAAAGAUCAAAUGUUAUGAAAUUAAUGCGUCAUUGUCAUCACAUAUAUACUUUUUUAAAUAUAAUUUAAUAUAUUUUCAAAAUAUUGUGUGAGAAAUAAAAUCUCAAAGAUAUUCAUAAAUUGUAUACUUCAUAUAUACAUACAUAUAUAUAUAUAUAUAUGUGUGUGUGUCUUAUUAUUUAUUAUUGUAUGUAUGGAAUGUCAUUAAAAAACUGACUGGCCCAAGAUAACUGAUACUUAUAAAUUAUAAGCAAAUUUUAUAAACAUAUCUUUGGCAAUAUGUUGAAUUGCUAUUCAAAACUAUGAUAUAUAUUUAACAAAUAUUUUGAUGGUAACUACCUUAAAAUAACAAUAAAACGCUUAGCGAUUACGUUCUUUCUAAACGAGUCGUUCAUUUCCUACUAAAACUAAUUAUCUAAUAAGUUUAUAACGGUAGCACCAGAAAAAUUUGUUCAAAAAACUUAUAAAUAAUCUUUUCAAUUAAUUAUAAGGAAAUGUACAUUGUCUUAUGUAUAUUUGAAUUUAUAUAAGGAACAAUAUAUUACAUAUUAAUUUCAU